AUGGAGCGCGAGGCGCGGGUGCUGCGCUCGGCGGGCGGCUUCGGCCGGGCCCGGCGCCUGCUGGCCGCCGCCUCGUGGCUGCCGUGCGUGGCGCUGGGGCUGGCGCUGGGCUCCGAGCCGCUGCUCACCGCGCUGCCCGCGCACCACUGCCGGCCGGACCCCGCGCGCCUGCCCCCGCGCCCCGCGCCCCGCGCGCCCCCGAGCCCCUGCCGGCUCCCGCGCUACCCCGAGCCCGGGCCCCGCGCCCAGGCGCAGGAGCAGGACAUCUGGGCCCCCUCAAGCCUGGGGACCCCUAGCAUGUCUAGGCCCCCAGCCCCAGCUGGCCAGGGGUCCCCUCAGCAGACACUCAUGUCCCUGCAGUGGAACCUGGUGUGUGAGGACGCGUGGAAGGUGCCCCUGGAGCAGACAAGCCACCUCCUGGGCUGGCUGCUGGGCUGCGUGGUCCUAGGCGCCGCCUGUGACCGGUUUGGCCGCCGGGCUGUGUUUGUGCUGUCCCUGGUGCUGGCCACGGGCCUGGGGGCCAGCGAGGCCCUGGCUGCCAGCUUCCCUGCCCUGGUGGCCCUGCGGCUGCUGCACGCAGGGGUCCUGGCAGGCGUCUUCCUCACCCUUUACGUGGCUCGCCUGGAGCUGUGCGACCCCCCGCACCGCCUGGCCUUCUCCGCGGGUGCCGGGCUCUUCCUGGUGGCAGGCAGGCUGCUGCUGCCCGGCCUAGCACUGCUGGCCCAGGACUGGCGCCUCCUGCAGGGUCUGGGUGCCCUGGCGACAGGACUCCUGCUGCCCUUUUGGGGGUUCCCGACACUGUUCCCCGAGUCUCCGUGCUGGCUGCUGGCCACGGGGCAGCUGGCGCGAGCCAGGAAGGUGCUGUGGCGCUUUGCGGAAGCCAGCGGCGUGGACCCCGAGGACAGCUCGGAGGAGGAGCGCUCUCUGGCCACUGAGCUGGGCGUGCUGUCUGCAGGGAGCCCCCCGCCCCACCACCACUCCAUCCUGGACCUCCGGCACACGCGCGUCGCCUGGAGGAACGGACUCAUCCUGGGCUUCAGUUCGCUGAUCGGCGGGGGCCUUGCUGCCAGCUUCCUGCGGGGCCUGGCCCCGAGAGAGGCCUUCUACCUGCCCUACUUCCUGGCCGCCGGCCUGGAGGCCGUGGCCACAGUCCUGCUGCUCCUGACGGCGGACCGCUGGGGGCGCCGCCCGGUCCUGCUGCUGGGCACUUUGGUCACAGGCCUGGCGUCCCUGCUGCUCCUCGCCGGCACCCAGUACCUGCCUGGCUGGGCCGCGCGGACGCUCUCUGUGCUGGGGCUGCUGGGCUCCCAGGCCGUGUCUUCCCUCAGCAGCCUGUUUGCAGCCGAGGUCCUGCCCACAGUGACCAGGGGCGCCGGGCUGGGCCUCGUGCUGGGGGCCGGGUUCCUGGGCCAGGCGGCCGCCCCCCUCGCCGACCUGCCGGGCCGGCGCGGCUUCUUCCUGCAACAAGUGGUCUUCUCCUCCUUCGCCAUCCUCGCGCUGCUGUGCGUCCUGCUGCUGCCGGAGACCCGCGGCCGCCAGCUGCCCGCAGCGCUGCAGGACGCCGACCGCCUGCGCCGCUCCCCGCUGCUGCGGGGCCGCCGCCCCCAGGACCACCUGCCGCUGCUGCCGGCCACCCUGCCCCGGGCCGGCGCGCCCCCCUGCAGCACUGCCCCGGCCUGGACGUCCCCCGAGAGCCGGGACCCGGCCGGCCCGGCGGUGGAGACCCCACCGGGCAGCCCGCGCCCCCUCAGGGGACCCCAUGGUGCCCAGGACGCGGGGAGGCGUGGGGGCCUGUGA